AGCCAAUGCGGAGCCCUGCGGGGAGGUCACGUGCCGCUGUUUGGCGCUUUUGUGCGCGCCCGGGUCUGUGGGUGCUCAGAGUGUGGCCAGGCGGCUCGGACCGAGCAGGGUUUUCCUUGCUAGUGGAUUGUGUAGAAUACACUGCCAGUCUCUUGUCUUCUGUUCACCAUGGCUUCUUCUGAUAUCCAGGUGAAGGAACUGGAGAAGCGUGCCUCAGGCCAGGCUUUUGAGCUGAUUCUCAGCCCUCGAUCAAAAGAAUCUGUCCCAGAAUUCCCCCUUUCCCCUCCAAAGAAGAAGGAUCUUUCCCUGGAGGAAAUUCAGAAGAAACUAGAAGCUGCAGAAGAAAGACGCAAGUCCCAUGAAGCUGAGGUCUUGAAGCAGCUUGCUGAGAAACGAGAGCAUGAGAAGGAAGUACUUCAAAAAGCGAUAGAGGAGAACAACAACUUCAGUAAAAUGGCAGAAGAGAAGCUGACCCACAAAAUGGAAGCCAACAAAGAGAACCGAGAGGCGCAAAUGGCUGCCAAACUGGAGCGUUUGCGAGAGAAGGACAAGCACAUUGAAGAAGUGCGGAAGAACAAAGAAUCCAAAGAUCCUGCUGAUGAGACUGAAGCUGACUAAUUUGUUCUGAGAACUGACUUUCUCCCCCUCCCCUUCCUAAAUAUCCAAAGACUGUACUGGCCAGUGUCAUUUUAUUUUUGCCCUCCUGACAAAUAUUCUAGAAGCUGAUGUAGGACUGUAUAGGUAGAUCCAGAUUGUAUGAUGUUGUUUUAGGGGCUAAAGGGGAGAAACUAAAAGUGUUUUACUCUUUUUCUAAAGUGUUGAAGUCUUUCUAAUGUAGCUAUUUUUCUUGUUGCAUCUUUUCUACUUCAGUACACUUGGUGUGCUGGGUUAAUGGCUAGUACUGUAUUGGCUCUGUGAAAACAUGUUUGUGAAAAGAGUAUGUAGUGGCUUCUUUCAAACUGUUAGAUGCUGAAUAUCUGUUCACUUUUAAAUCCCAAUUCUGUCCCGAUCUUAACAGAUGCUACUGUACUUGAAUGGUUAAUAAAACUGCACAGUGCUGUU